CAAUGCAUUGGUGCUUACAUGAGGUGCUAAGCACAUUAAAAACUUUAGCACCAAAAGCCCCCAAUGCAUAGGUGCUUAACUUGUUGGUGCUAAACAUCCUUCAUGUAAUGAUUUUGCAACUAAAGUUCUUCAUCUAUUGGUGGGAUUCUUUCAUUUAAGUGUUUUGCCUAGGUUCUCGCGCUUGGCAUUGGUUCUUCCUGGGUCACCACACUCAUCUCUCUCCUCUUAAAUACCUUGCCACAUCAGUUUUUUUACCUACAUGACAGCCUUAGCACCUGUAUAAGGUGGAGCAUUGGAGGGGCCUAACUUUGACCGCUGGUGUUGGUGUUGUAGACUUCCACUCCACUAGACGAGCGCAGACCUUCUACUGAGAAACAAAAAAACGAGCGCAGACCUACCUGAAAUAUCCCUUCCGCCCUACCGGCCGGUGACGAUGGGCCGCCGCCGCCGCCCUUACUCGCCGGCUCCAGCGGCCCCGCUGGAAGACGACGACCUCCUGGGGGAGAUCCUCCUCCGCCUCCCUCCGCGGCCGUCCUCCCUCCCGCGCGCCUCCCUCGUCUGCAAGCGUUGGCGCCGCCUCGUCUCCGACCGCGGCUUCCUCGCCCGCUUCCGCGCGCGCCACCGCAGGGAGCCCCCGCUCCUCGGCAUCUUCACCGGCGGGUUCGAAUGGCUCGGCUUCACCCCCUUGCUGGACCCGCCCGACCGCGUCCCCGCCGAGCGCCUCUCCCUGCGGCAGAGCCGCGACGAGCGCUGGAUCUUCUGCGGCUGCCGCCACGGCCUCGCGCUCCUCUUCAACGUCGACCGCCUCCACGCCGUCGUGUGCGACCCCCUCACCGGUCGCCGGCGCCAGGUGCCCUUCCCGCCGGGGUUCGACGACGACCAAGAGAACAUCAUCGGAAGCGCCGGGAUGCUCUGCGCCGCCCGCGGGGAAGGCCACGUGCACGGCGACUGCCACUCGAGCCCCUUCAAGCUGGUCCUAGUCCGCACCAACACGGCCCGCACUCGCGUCUUCGCUCGCCUCUACGACUCCCAGUCCGGUGAAUGGGGAAAUCUGAUCUCAGAACCAAUUACGGUCAUCCUUCCGAUUACCCUGCAGCGCUCCAGCGUCCUGGUUGGGAGUGCAUUGCACUGGUCGAUUGACGCAACCAGCAUCCUCUCAUUUGAUCUUGAAACGCAGCGCCUUGCCCUGAUCCGGGAGCCGGCAGACGCCCGUUCUUGCGGACACAGGAUGGCUGCCUAGGCCUCGCCAUUUCGUCCCAACAGAGCAUGCAGCUGUGGGAGAGGAACACCUCUGAAGGUGUUGGCAGAUGGGUGCUGCGGAAAACCCUUCAUUUGGGCAAGCUUCUUCCGGAGAAACCGGGGAUGGAGAAAGCGCACAUACAGAUGUUGCGGUAUGCCGAGGAAAGCAAUGUGAUGUUUCUGGUCAUAGGCUUUAGUGUCUUCAUGAUCCAACUUGACUCGCUGCGGUUCAAGCUUAUUUUUGAAAGCAACCUCAGGACCACCUAUCAUCCAUACACAAAUUUCUAUGCUGGAGGUAAUAUCUCGUCUUUAAUUUACUUUAUUUACUUUGCAAGGAGAUUAACAAGAUUCUUCAGUUAUCUUUGGGCAUGUCGUUGUUGGAACUUUGCUCCUGUGCUCAAGGGUUGGGUAGUGUUUUCUGUGUAAACUGUAUUCCUUGUUUCUUUGUCAAGUUUGGUUAACUUAUAUCAGUGUUCUUUUUAUAUUAUUAUUAUUGUUAUUGAACUGGAAGGGGGCUAGAAGAAUUUUGUUGUUGUUGCCUGAGAUGCUAGCGUUAACUUUAUGCCUAUGUAUUUAUAGCACUGAUGUUCUCAGUAUGAUUUAUAUGCAACAGUUGGAAAUUGACAACACACUAAAACACAGACUUGAACCGUCUGAAAUAUCGUAUUAGUUACUAGAUGUUAUAUUUGGAUACUUAGCAAGUUCUCAAAUAGCAUUUCUCUGAAAUAUAAUAAUUAUAUAUACUGAUCUUGUAGUUAAUAACAAGUCCACAAUUACAACCUACAUAUAUCUUGAUAUAUACUCCCUCCGUCCGAAAAAGCUUGUCCCCAAAUGGUUGUAUCUAGCACCAAGUUAAUGCUAGAUACAUUCAUUUAUGGGACAAGCUUGGGACAAGCUUUUUCGGACGGAGGGAGUAUGAAAUAAAUGGUUAAGUUUACUAAACAUUUUUUCUAAGAACCAUGUUGCAAGUGAGAUCGUUUGUACCACGCAGAAAACAUAAAGUGAUGCUCUGUUUAUCUUGUAUCACCAAAGAGCUAGCUAUGGACAGGGGUGCGUGGAAGCUUGCUAUCCAUGUGCCAGAGCCAUGAGUUGGUUGCGAGAUCUUUUGAGUUUCACCUCUAGCCUACCCCAACUUGUUUGGGACUAAAGGCUUUGUUGUUGUUGUUGUUGUUGUUGAUGCUCUGUUUAUCUUCUAUAAGGACAGUUCUAUUUACUCUUCAUUAUUUGGUCAUUGGAGUUUGUCAGUUUGAGCAUAUUCUAGUGAAGUACUUUUGACUGAACAUGGAACAAGCUCAUUUCAGAACAACUUCGAUAUAACUAUCUGUAGAAGAAGUUUUUUUUGUACAAUUUUAUAUUCUCUGGUCAACUAAAUAGUUGAGUAUUAAGGCUUGAGUAAUUCUCCUUUUAUUUGAAGUAGAUAUGACUUUAUUUACCUAUCCAUAACGAUGUAUAAAACCAAAUAAUGACUUGCUCAAGUUGCAUCAAUGCAACGGUAUGUUGAUCUAACUGGCAACUUUGCCCUCUCUUUUUUAUUUGAUUUUUUCCUUAAAUUCUUUGUUAGUUUACUAGACUUGCUUUGGUUGCAGGAAAGGUAAUUGGUGACAGAGAUGGCGAACCUGAAAUGCUGAACAAUACAUGAUGCUAACGUCUUGUGUGAGGUGAACAGAUAUCCCAGUGCUUAACAGCUGCCAAGUUGAAGUAAUAGCAGCAGGACCCUGGUGCCCUUUUUUUAUGUAUGGUGAUUUUCCAUUUGUAACUUUGAAGCAAACUUGUACAAAUAAACCAUUUUGCCGGUAUCCAGAACCUGUAGAAACUAGUUUGUUGAAAUUCCGUGGUGCUGUUCCCAGAGAUGUGUGGUCCACUAAAUUUGCAAACUCUUCAGUUAAUGCAGCAGUGUUGGCUCUUUCA